AGGUGGUCACUGUGGUCGGAAAAAGAGAAUGAACAUGGAAGGACAGUGCUACCGAGUUGGAACAUAGAGACAUGGUCUACCUCAAUAUCUAAUUAGUUAGAUUGAUCGAUCGAUCCAAGAUACAAGCUUGAUCUGUUACGGCCUUAUCUAUUUGGCCUUUGUGAACUGGACCCGUGAACUGGCAUUUGACGAGCUCCUUCGUCUUUCUCACUCAUAUCAAUUGACAUACUUCAAAUUCCCGAGAAAAGGCUUUUGGAGAACGACAUGACCAAACAUGUCAAAGAGGCAUUCGGCUAUACCGUGGUGGGUUUGGCAGGUGCGGGCGUGGUGGUCAACCUGGCAGCCCUGAGCAUUCUCAUGUUGAAAAAACGCCAUUCGAUCUUUCACAACCUGCUCAAGGUGUUGGCCGUGUACGAUUUGUUGGUGUGCUGCGGGUGUGCCCUCCUCUACGGCUUCCCCAAUCUCUGGGACUUUUAUGCCGACCACCUCUACCGUCGAUUGGUGCCCUGGGUGGUGCCCAUUGUGCACAUGGCCAUGAUGAGCUCUGUGUACUCGACAAUGCUCAUGUCCUUCGAGCGAUACAUCCGAAUUUGUCAUCUCUGUCAGCUCCGCAACGUGUCCUACAUCACCAAGGAAAACUACAAAUUCCAUGUCCUUGGGGUGGUGAUCAUCCCGAUUCUGUUCUACAUUCCCAAGUUCUUCGAGGUCCGUGCUCAGGAAGUGAGCCGAACUUUCCACGUGAUCAUCAAUUGCAGCGAAUACCUGAGCAUCCGACCCGACCAUCCCGGGUUCCAGGGAUUGGCCCAACAAUCCAUGAUCAACUUCAACAGUCUGGACUAUCCCUCCGAAUGCACCAGUCUCCCAUUUGAGUUGAAUGCCAAUUGGUCUGAAGUCAUCAACAUCACUCGAAAAGUGAACAAAGUCCAAUUGUUCCCCACUGCACUGAGAGCCGAUCCCAAUUACUACAACAUCUAUUGUCUCGGGUUGAACACGUCCUUCGCCAUGAUUCUGCCCUUGCUCUCGCUCCUCUUCCUCAAUUUGAAGACAGUCUGCGAACUCAAGAAGAUGAUGCAGACCUCAUGGGUGUCUGAUCAAGUCCAUGACUUGCCCAACCAGCGAACCAAUGGCAAUAACCACCAGAGCUUUCAUCUGGGCAGUUCCAUGGGACGAAAUCGACCUCGAAGGGCCACGGCCACCAACAUUGGAGACCUAGACAACCCGAGUUCCCGGGGAACGUCAUCGGUUAGAGGCUUUUCCCGCAAGGGGUUUUCGUUCCAUCAUCGAGCGGCUUCCAAUCGAAUCCCUCUCAUAAAAAGAUGGUCAAGCAGCAGCAAUAGGAAGGCCUCGGUGAUCACUCUGAAGAGCAAUCAAAUCCCCCAAACCACGAUCAGCCAAGACCGCAAUGAGUUGGAUCACACCAUGCCUUGUGUGGACUGUCUACAAGAGCACCUUGAACUCCCAUUGUCCCCCACGGCGUCCGAGAGGUCCGACGGGUCCGAGGCGUCCGAGGCGUUCAAAGCGUCGAGUGUGGUGUGCAACACGAGAUUGAGACCCGUGCUGUCGCGAUGCAAAAGCCCGGAAAGUCAGCGACGACCCUCUCGGACACGCAAUGUGAGUGUCCUGUUGGAUUCUCGGCGCCAUGUGUUUAACGAUGAGCAACGGAAAGCCGAGAAUCGCCUCACCCGCAUCUCCAUGUCCAUUGUUUGGUUAUUUAUCUUUUGCCACGUGUGGCGACUCGUGCCCACCCUGUACGAAAGUAUCCACGUGGGCAGUCUCAAGAUCUGGCCGGAUUGGCUGUCCAUUAUCAAUGAUCUGUCGCACACUCUCAUCGUGUUCAAUUCGGCCGUGAAUUUCCUUAUUUAUGUCUUUUUGUAAAGAAUACUAUCACUGUUAAUGUUACGUACUGCAAUUGUACGAUUGCUAGCCACUGCAAAAUCAGUCGGUUCCUAAAUUUGAUGUAUGAUAACGUUGUUCCAAUAUAUUUAUGGAUAGAUUCUACACAUUCGGCGAUGUCGUCUGUUAGAAAAUAGCGGCCAAGUUAUAUUGCCAACAAAAUGCAUGAUACGACAACAUGCGCAUUAUGUACAAGAACAGUGGGUUUACAAGUACUCCUUCUAGAGGUUGUUUGGGCAGCUCCAGUUUUUAGAUUCUGAAAAUUUCAGUCUCCUAUAUUGAUUGUCCUAAUUUAGCAACAAAAUUUUUCAUUUUUAUAGGGUUCCCCCGUCUAAAAAUUCAAAUCGAGACUCAAAGGUCAGAUCACACAUAAGAAAAAUGCAGUAGAUUUUAGAGCAAGUUACAACAAUUGCAACGGCUUCCAGUUCGAGUCUUUUUCGGGACCUGUCCAUGGGACAUAAUUGGACGCUAAUUUUUCUAUUUUUCCAGCUAAAAGAAAUGUCAAAACACCUUGAGGAACAUGUUAAUACUAUUUCUUUUUCUGCAAAAAACAAGUCACAGAAUGAAUUAAAGGAUCCACUGGAAACUCUUUUAAUAGAGAUACAAGAUUGACAUUC